GAACCUACAUGAGGCUCAUCCAGGCAGAUUUUUCUUCAAUAUGUAGGUCUUUCUUGACAUCAUUAGUCAGGUGUCUUCUAUGGCUGCCUUAAAUAACUAUCAAAAAAAAAAAAAAUCCUGGAGGCUCAGGUGCCCUUAAGAUUUGACUGUACCUGUAACUGACUGCCAUGGCUGAGGAAGGCAUUGCUGCUGGAGCUGUAAUGGGCGUUAAUUCUGCCUUACACGAGGUGCUGAAGACCGCCCUGAUCCACCAUGGCCUAACACGUGGAAUUCGCCAAGCUGUCGAAGCCUUAGACAAGUGCCAAGCCCAUCUUUGUGUGCGAUCCAGCCCUGGUGAGCCUAUGUAUGUCAAGUUCACGGAGGCCCUUUGUGCUGAACACCAAAUCAGCCUUAUUAAGGUUGAUGACAACAAGAAACUAGGGGAAUGGGUGGGCCUCUGUAAAACUGACAGAGGGGGAAAACCCCAUCAAGUCACUGGUUGCAGUUGUGUGGUGGUUAAGGACUAUGGCAAGUCUCAGGCCAAGGAUGUCAUCGAGGAAUGCUUCAAAUGCAAGGAAUGCUUCAAAUGCAAGAAAUGAACAAAUACUUGAUUCUUGUUCCUCAAAAAAAAAAAAAAAAAAAUCCCUGAAAUUACAACCUAAAUUAAAUGAUCUCAGAAUAAGAUGCCAGUAACAUACCUUCUUUAGGACAAAGUGGAAAUAAGCGCAUGAAGAAAUAAUCUCAGACUGAAAUAGUACCUGAAAGUUAAUUCUAUACUAACUUUUGAAGUCAUAAAAAUUAGAAGCUUUUUUUAUAUUAUGUUAAGCAAAAAAAUACAAAGUUAGAAGUUGUGUUUUAGGAAGUGCUUAUUUGGGAAUACACUACAAAAAUGCUGAUUAAAUGUGGCAUUACAUAACAAUAAAAAAUACAUACCAUGAGCUUUAUUUUCAGCCUAUAACUGAAGUUACUGGGAAUCCUUUUACUAACCAUUUUAAAGGAUCAUUUAAAUUGCAAUCAAAAAUGACUUAAAUUAAUUCUGUGCUCUAAAAGGAGCUUCAUAUUAGACAAACU